AUGGGAUCCUGCCAAGAACACGUGGACCAGUCGACAGCCGAUAUCAUCGAUAUCCAGUCAGACGCCGACAAAAUCGAGUUGUCAAAGGACACUGCUGUGUCGUUGAAAGCCAAGUCGCCGAGCUUCCCGUCACUGUUGUUGUGGGACGAGAAGGGCUUGAAGUUCUUCGAAGCCGUCACCUACACAAAUGAGUACUACCUGACCAACUGUGAGAUUGAGCUCUUGAACAAGCACAGCCAUCAACUAGCUCAAAGGAUAGAACCCGGCUCCAUUGUUGUCGAACUGGGAAGUGGGUGUCUUCGAAAGACCAAGAUCCUUCUGCAAGCGGUCGACGACCUGAAUAAGUCCAUCGACUACUACGCUCUAGAUCUAUCACGCUCCGAAAUUGAACGCACUUUACAAGAGGUGUCUCCCGGUACUUUCCGCUACGUCCGGUGCCAUGGGCUGUUGGGAACUUAUGAUGACGGGUUGACGUGGCUGCAACAAUUUGAGAUUGCCUCGAGGCCCAGAGUCGUGCUUUCCCUGGGUUCGACCCUUGGUAGCUUCACCCGGGCUGAAGCCGCCUCGUUCUUCGCGAGGUUCGCCAAAGCUAUUGAUCAUUCCAUUAAUGGGGCAAUCAUGAGCGAGCCUCUGAUGAUCAUUGGCGUGGACGGCUGUAAAAAUGGUGACUUGGUAUGGUCUGCUUACAACGACGCAGAAUUUCGGAAUGACCAGUUCAUCAAAAACACACUGGAUUACGCGAAUCAGAUCCUGGGAAAGCCCAUCUUCCAUCAGGACGAGUGGGACCGUCACGGCGAGUGGAACGAGAAGCUCGGAAGACAUGAGCAGUACCUGGUGCCUUGCAAGGACAUCUGGUUCGAGGACCGCUGCCUAAAAGCAGGUGAAAGGGUCUUUGUGGUCUCAAGCCAUAAAUAUGACGACGAGGACCGGCAACAGCUGUGGCGGGGUGCAGGCUUGUCGCUGGUUGAGGGAUGGCAGAAUCCAGAGACAAAAUAUGGACUAUAUCUGCUGUCUGCACGAGGCGCCAGAUUGAGCUGA